CUGUCAAAAGUAGUACCUAGCUUCUGAAGCAUUCAUCAUACCUCUUGAUGAACUUUCAAAAAAGCGAAAAAAAAAGGGAAUAGGUUUUCCCUUCAAGAAACUACCGAUUCCUCGACACAAGUCUUGCCAUAUAUUCCACCCUUCUCGCUAGCUCCAUCUUCAUUCUUCACCGAGAUUAACAUUGAGAUCUAGCAAGAGUGCUUGGAACAUCUUGUUUUCAAGCUUUGAGCAAACGUGGGUGGUUUGGAAGGCAUUUUCUUGGCAGAAGGGGUGAGACGAACCAACCUAACAUGUCGAUGAAAGGAUGGGCUUUGCAGUGCCUUUUGUUGUUGGAAUGCUAUCUGGUUUUGACAGCGGACUCAGUAGUGCAAGAGAAGGCAGAUACAGCAAUUCCAGUGACAACAUUGUCACCUCCUGAAGGCAACACAACUUUCCUUGAUGGCACGACAUGGUGCGUGGCCCUUGCCGGGGCUUCCCAAGUUGAUUUGAAGAAUGCAUUAGACUGGGCCUGUGGACUGGGGAUGGCAGACUGCAGAGAAAUUCAAGAGGGUGGAGCAUGUUCUGAGCCGGACACUCUCUUAUCUCGUGCAUCCUAUGCUUUUAACAACUAUUACCAACAGAACGGGAAUUCUGAUAUUGCUUGCAAUUUUGGAGGAACUGCCACUGUAACUAAAACCAACCCAAGUUAUGGAAAAUGCGUCUACGCAUAUGGGUCCUUGGUCUCUUCAGCACCUAUGCUGUCCAAGCACAAUCCGAUCUCCAUCAUGUGGUGGAAACUUAUAGCGGCUGCUGUUGUACUUGGGAGACUGAUCCAGUUUGUUUAGGUAAAGUUGUAAACCUCAGUACUCAAACAAACGUAGAAUUGGUCUCUCAACCAAUUGUUCCUAAAUGUUAUUUAUGCAGUGGAAAGAGAAGCAUCUUGUAACUGUUGUUUUGCUAAAGCUAGCAUUCCUGUCUUUGAUGUCGGGUUAGGAAUCUAUAGCUAAGCAAUUCUCUCUCUUUUUUCCUUCUCAAAGUUGUUCACAUAAUUAAGAACAAAAAAGUUUGUUC